AUGACUACUGUGCCCUGUGCUCUAAAGGAUUACGGUUGUUCACAUUCAGUUGUUCGUGUUGAAAUGGCAGAACAUUAUCUGUCAAAAGAACAUCAAGAUGCAGUAAUCAAUGCUGCAUGUGCAUUAUCUAGUAAAAACCAUCAAAAUAACAAUGGUGAUACCAUCGCUCGAUUCGAAGAAAUAUAUGAGAAAAUUGAUAUAGCUGCUGGUGAAAUUCAGAUGUUGCAAGGUGAUGCAUGUCGUCUUAAUGCUGAACUCCUUCAUGUACAGGGUUCAUUGAAACCUGUUAUCAGAGACGUUUCGUCACUCAAAUUGAGCAUAGAAGAACAAAAUGCUUUCUUGGAUGCAAUGAAAUCCAAGCAAGAAAUAUUGACACAGGAUCUCGCAUCACUAACACAAAAAGUCGAAGAUAUGCAAUAUAUAUCAUACGAUGGAACGAUUGUAUGGAAAAUAACAAAUGUUGCAGAAAAAAUGGGUAAGGCGCUUUUUACAAUUCCUCUCAUCUUCAUACGAAACGUAAUCCUAUUAGAGAAAACUUGGGAAACUAUUUUCGAUAACCGUAAAUCUAUCCAGAUGAUACUCUAUUCUCUUUUCUUCUAAUUUUGUCUGAGAAAAAAAGCUGUUAGUGCAAUCCCUUGCGGGGUUAAAAAUGUGAAACACAAUGGAUCUAUUGUUACCAAUUAAAUGGAAAUCCUUUUGUUCCAUUUUCUUGCGACACAUUUGUAGCUAACCGUUUAUCUAAUGCUUUACAACUACAGUUUCUCUGUGACGGGUAUCGGGAUUCUCUGUCACGAUCUAUGAUGGGUAUGAAAUUUCUCUGCCACGUGCUGUGAUGGGUACGAAAUUUCUCUGUCAUGGUCUACCGGGGGAAGGGAUGGGGUGCAAAAUUUCUACCCUAUACACUUCAACACUCCUUUCAGAUCAUGUUUUACAAGAUAAAAAAAAACUAGAGAUGAUGAGUAUAUAACUCGUUAAACUUUUCAUUUUGUAGCUGAUGCUCAGUCUGAAAGACAAACUUCAAUUUAUUCACCCCCAUUUUACUCAUCACCUACUGGCUAUAAAAUGCGUGCUCGUUUAUAUCUGCAUGGCGACGGUAACGCUCGGGGCACACACAUGUCACUCUUUUUUGUUCUUUUGCGGGGCAAGUAUGAUGGAAUCUUGGAGUUUCCAUUCAAUUUCAAAGUAGUCUUUUGCUUGUAUGACCAAACUGGUUCGGGACGACACAUCAUUGACUCUUUUCGACCAAAUGUGAGAUCGAAUAGUUGUCAACGACCACGUUCAGACAUGAAUAUUGCUAGUGGUAUACCCAAAUUUGCACCUUUGACCAUCUUCGAAAGAGACAAUAAUCCUUAUGUUCAAGAUAACACAAUGUUCUUUAAAGUAAUGGCCGAUUUUGAUAAUAUACCUGGUGCGCUGUUGCCAGAUGUAUUACGGAACAAUCCAGGUUUGCCUAUUCAUAGACAACAUGAGAUUAUUCAUGAAAUGGUGGCUAGAUAUCAGCGACACCAAUUCACUCGCUACAUGGAAGCUUUGUCUGAUGCUUAUCAAAUCGACCGAAAUACUCUAUAUCUUUCAUGAUCCGCAGCUGAAUAAAUAAUUUUUAUAGUGUAAUGUCCCCGGCCAACCUCCACUAUCUAUAUUUGUUCCCUUUUUUUUUCUUAUUAGUUUUUUUCGUCGUGUUAUUGGCUUACUUACGUAUAGGCUAUCGGCUAAAUCUGGCAUCGACUGUCCUCGCAUAGGGAGACUUUAAAGUUACAAAAGUAAAGAAAACUGUCUCUGCAAUCGAACGUACACUAUCGACAUAUUACCAAACAUCUUGGAAGCUUUGAAACAUCUUGUAGACGAAUGAUAUAAAUCCCAUCCUUCUUCGGGUGUGGGUGUGGAGUGUGGGUGUGGGCGUGGGGUGUGGGUGUGGGUGUGUGGGUGGGGGUGGGGGGGGGGGGGGGGGGGGGGGGGGGGGGGGGGGGGGGGGGG